AUGAGUGAUCAUCACGAAAAUGCGUCGGAGGCGAACAGCCUUUCUCCCUUGCUCCAGACACCAUUAUUGUCAACGAGACAGUAUUUUGUUUCCCCUCGGCGCCAAAAUCAACAGCAAGUUCCAACGGAUGGUAUUUGGAGCCUUUGCCCCUGGUUUUUGGGACCACGUGGUGACAGCAAUGUCUCCGCCAGGGCCCUGCGUAAUAGAUCCCUUCCUGCAUCCGACGGUGGCGAGAGCUCACAUCGUGUGCUUCCCUCUUUGGAGUUGGCGAACGGAACGGACAAUGGAAAUAAGGUAAAACACAGGCAGCAGCAAAUUCAUCUUUCCUCGUUAUCGUUUUCACUGGCAAGAUUUGGAUCUCAAUUUGAUGACAUGCAGCCGUUGGUGACGCUGCUUCGUUCUUCAACCACAUCGACGCUGGGGAACUCAGAAGAGUACCGUUCAACUCCAAUUAGGAGGUUACGACGGUGCGUCUCACCGGUACAUUUUUUUUACUUUCCCACGAAGAAUUUUCUUCCGCAAACCCGACGACAAGCCGCCAUAAAGAUUGUCCGGUGGUGGCGCUCACGGGAAGCCCUUUCAGAGAAACGUCGUAUUCAUGCGUUGAAGCUUAUUCAGAGAGUUGGACGCGGCUAUUUGUGUUUGAAACAAAUCUCUCGCCGGGUUGAAGUAACGAGGGAUUCGUCAUCUUUUGCUCGAAGUAUACGCCUGUGUUCCAGCAUCUCAAUGUGGCUGAACAAGUUGGGAGAAAAAAGUAACACUCGAUUUCCUGCGGAUAAACUUGGGGUUGUGUUAUGUGAGAGUCGCGGCCAGUUCAACCCCGGCCAAAGCUACUGCAGCAGGUGCUGCAGGAAUACCUCGGGGUCCAUGUCGAGGAAUUAUGUCUCUUUUCGUGGGUUGGGAAAGGGCGUUCGUGGGGCGCGUUUGGUGAAUUUUGACCCUGAGAACAACACUGCAUCUGCUCAGGCUGAAGAGUCAAAGAAUGCCGUUUCCUCUGACGCGAACAAUUUGUCAGGGUCUUUUAUUAAUGAAAACGCCGAUUUUAUUUAUUCUCCAGCCUCGUCCCACAACGAGGGGGCGGAUAUGUUUUAUUUGCCCCGUAUUUCGCAGCGCACCCAUGCAACGAAGGAGGACGAAGAAACAGAGCCACAAAACGAGGCGUUCUUUUGUAUGUUCAAUAGCCGUGUUUCAUUGGAACCCUUCUCCGUGAAGGUGGCACGCUCAUUGCGGUCUAGGGAUUAUAAUGAGUUGGGGCCGUGGAGUUUGCAAUCCGCAAGACGAAGUACAGUUGAGCGUGUUUGCCCAAAUGCAUCUAUGUUGUAA